UUCAUGCCUUUUCUCCCUGUGUUUUAUUGUUCCAUGCUUUUGAUUGCUUGGAAUUGAAUCUUUUGCUGUUUACUGGGAUUGAUUUGAUGAUGUAGGUUCCAGUUAAAUGAAUAUAAGGCUUGGAAAUCAAAAUAUCAAGUUUGACUUUGUUUAUAAUGUGAAAUUGAUUGUAUGGGAUAAACAUGAAAGAUGGGAUCUUGAUAUGGGAUUCUGUGGCUUUGUUGCAAUUUGUUUGUGUGAUAACCAUGCUUGCUAUUGUUUUUUUCUUUUUCUCUUGCACAAAUUUCAGUUGUGCUUAUGUUAUUUACCUUGAGGAAUUUAAAACCAAACGCAUGAUUUUGUGAUGCCUUUUAUGUUAGUGGCUGUGGAGAGCUUAUAUCUCUUUUGAUGGAUGAAGAUGGACAAGGUGGAUUACAAAGGGCAAAUCGGAGUUCAAUCUCAUGUUGAAAUGGGACCACUAGAUAGGGCAAUGGAUGAUCUCGAUGAUGACUGCCUCUAUUCCUCUGAAAUGGAUGCCCAAAAGACACAGCCUAUUCUUUCAAACCAACGUUUUCUGUUCUCUGUUUUGCCUGUUGGUGGCUAUAAAAUGACAAGGAAUGGUGUUUAUAAGAGCAUAAAGACCGUAGUUUUCUCAAAUAAACUCAACUUGCUCAUGCCUUUCGGGCCUCUAGCAAUCAUGGUUCAUAAAAUGAGUUAUAGUAAUGGUUGGGUCUUCUUUCUAAGCUUACUAGGUAUAACACCUUUGGCGGAGCGUUUGGGUUAUGCUACUGAGCAGCUGGCUUUUUACACUGGACCUACAGUUGGUGGUCUUCUAAAUGCUACGUUUGGGAAUGCAACCGAAUUAAUUAUUUCAAUUUAUGCACUGAAAAGCGGAAUGACACGUGUUGUUCAGUUGUCAUUGUUGGGCUCAAUUUUGUCAAAUAUGCUACUUGUUCUUGGAUGUGCAUUCUUUUGUGGUGGGCUUGUACAUUAUGGAAAGGAACAAGUCUUCAGCAAGGCCACAGCUGUUGUCAAUUCAGGACUGCUGCUGAUGGCAGUCAUGGGCCUACUCUUUCCAGCAGUCCUCCACUACACACACACUGAACGGCAAGUUGGGAAGUCGGAGUUGGCUCUUUCAAGAUUUAGCAGUUGUAUUAUGCUUCUAGCUUAUGCUGCCUAUCUUGUUUUCCAGUUAAAAAGUCAAGAUGAUAACUAUGUCCCUGUUGUCGAGGAAGGAAGUCACAAUGGGGAGGACGAAGAUGAUGAUGAAGCUCCAGAAAUUUCCAAAUGGGAAUCAAUAAUUUGGCUUGCUAUCAUGACUGCUUGGAUUUCCAUCCUGUCUGACUAUUUGGUGGAUACCAUAGAGGGGGCAUCUGUUGCAUGGAAUGUACCAAUCGCAUUUAUUAGUGUUAUCUUGCUCCCCAUAAUUGGUAAUGCUGCUGAGCAUGCAAGCGCUAUCAUGUUUGCCAUGAAAGACAAGCUUGACAUAUCCUUGGGAGUUGCGAUAGGGUCAUCAACUCAGAUUUCUAUGUUUGGGAUACCUUUUUGUGUCGUUAUUGGUUGGAUGAUGGGACGGGAAAUGGACUUAAACUUCCAGCUUUUUGAGACAGCAACUCUCUUCAUUACUGUUAUAGUUGUAGCCUUUUUUCUGCAGGAGGGAACAUCUAACUACUUCAAAGGACUAAUGCUUAUACUUUGCUAUCUGAUAGUCUCUGCGAGUUUCUUCGUACAUGAAGAUCCUUCUGCCACUGGUCAAAGCAAGCUACCGAAAACAUGACAAGUGAAAGAGAUGAACUACGGGGAUCGUAUUUGGAAACUUGAAAGUUGCAGAGGCAGAGACCAUGGAGAUUUGAAACAAGAUUGUCCCAGAAAGCAUAGCAUGGUGGUGUAAAUAUUUUUGAGAGGCAGAUAUUCCCUUUUUUUUUUCUACCCAGAGCCAAAUUAAAUGCUCAAUCUUCAUCCAGGAUUAAACUUUGUAUUUUCAUAAUUAUAGUUCUGUGACAUAUCAAGAAUCUAGCUUUUGGAGAUUUGUUGGAUUA